CCUGAUACACCGCAAUCAUGUCUAUCAUGUCCUAUAAUGGAGGGGCCGUCAUGGCCAUGAAGGGGAAGAACUGUGUGGCCAUCGCUGCCGAUAGGCGCUUCGGGAUCCAGGCCCAGAUGGUGACCACCGACUUCCAGAAGAUCUUUCCCAUGGGCGACUGGCUGUACAUCGGCCUGGCCGGGCCCACCACCGACGUCCAAACAGUUGCCCAGUGCCUCAAGUUCCGGCUGAACCUGGAUGAGCUGAGGGAAGGUCGGCAGAUCAAGCCUUAUAUGCUCACGAGCAUGGUGGCCAGCCUCUUGUACGAGAAACGCUUUGGGCCCUACUACCCUGAGCCAGUCAUUGCCGGAUUGGACCCAAAGACCUUUAAGCCCUUCAUUUGCUCUCUAGACCUUAUCGGCUGCCCCAUGGUGACUGAUGGCUUUGUAGUCAGUGGUUCCUGCACUGAACAGAUGUUUGGGAUGUGCGCGUCCCUCUGGGAGCCCCACAUGGAUCCAGAGCACCUGUCUGAAACUAUCUCACAAGCCAUGCCGAGUGCGGUGGGCAGGGGUGCAGGGUCAGGCAUGGGACUCAUCGUCCACAUCAUUGAGGAGGCCAGAAUCGCCACGAGGACACUGAAGGCCCGAAUGGACUCACGGUUGCUUCCAGAACCUCAUCUGUCAAGUGGGGCUAAUCUGGUCUUUCAUCCAGAAUUGUGCGGGUUAUACAAGAUUGGGUGUGGAAAGCACCUAGCGUGA